AUGUUUACUAAAUUUACAAAUUGUCAUUUAAUUGAUAACGGUGAAUUAUACGAAUUUACCGAUUUAUACGUUAAUCAAAAAACUAAUAAAAUAUGUUCAAAACCAAAUAAUUUAGAGUUGAUUACAAAAACUAUAGAUUUAGAUGGUCAAUUAUUAGCUCCAGGUUUUUUGGAUAUUCAAAAUAAUGGGAUUUAUGGUUUAAAUUUUUCAAAUUUAAAUAGUGAUUCAAGUGAAGAAGAUGUUAGUGAAUUUAAAAAUUUUUAUAAAGAUGCUAUGACUAAAUAUUUAUCAACUGGUGUUACUGGUUUAUGUCCAACAGUUACUUCUAAUUUUCCAGAAGUUUAUCCAAAAGUUUUACCAUUAUAUAAAAAAUCAAGAUUAUCAAAUCAAUGUGAUUCAUUAGGUGCUCAUUUAGAAGGUCCUUUUAUAAAUUUAAAAAAGAAAGGUUGUCAUCCUGUUGAGACUUUUGUUGAUGCAAAAGAAGGUACUUCAAAAUUAAAUGAAAUAUAUGGUGAUGAACUUGACAAUGUUUGUAUAAUAACUGCUGCUCCUGAAAUUGAAGGUGUUUUAGAUUUAAUUCCCGAGAUUACUUCAAAAAAUUGUGUUUAUUCCAUUGGUCAUACAAUGUCGGAUUAUGAAACCGGUAAAAAAGCAAUUGAAUUAGGUUGUACAAUGAUUACUCAUUUAUAUAAUGCUAUGCCACAACCACAUCAUAGAGACGCUGGUGUUGUUGGUUUAAUAAGUUCUCCAGAUGUUAAAGAAACUCCAUAUUUCGGUUUAAUUUGUGAUGGUGUUCAUGUAGAUCCAUCUAUGGCUAAUAUUGCUUAUAAAUCAAAUCCAAAUAAAUGUAUAUUGGUAACUGAUGCUAUGCAUUUGAUUGGUUUAGCAGAUGGUAGAUAUAAAUGGGAUGAACAAGUCAUUGUUAAAACUGGUGAUCGUUUAUAUUUAGAAAAUACUGAUACAUUAGCUGGUGCAUCAACUACAUUACCUCAAUGUAUUAGAAAUCUAAUGGAAUGGUCAAAAAUUUCAUUACCACAAGCUAUAAAAACUGUCACAAACAAUCCUGCAGUUUCAAUUGGUUUACAAAAUGAAAGAGGAUUUUUAAAUGUUGGUUGUGAUGCUGAUUUUGUUGUUUUAGAUAAACAUGGUUAUGUCAAAAAGAUUUAUAAAUUAGGUAAUGAAUUUAAAUCAAGUGAUAUACCUGAAAAACCAGUUAAUAAUAGAGUUACAGCUGUUUUAUAG